AUGAAAACUCUAGCAAGACUUAUUCUGACACUUGUCAUCUUUGGUGCUGUUCUGGCUGCUCCCACUUUUGAGCCCAUCCACUAUGACUCAGAAGCUUAUGACGCCACCUUGGAAGACCUGGAUAAUUUAUACAGCUAUGAACACAUGCCUAUUGAUCAAGCUGAGAUUGAAGUUGCCACGGUGAUGCCUUCGGGGAACAGAGAGCUCCUGACCCCUCCACCAUUGUCCAAGGAGGAAGAAAGUGAGGAAGAGGAGGAGGAGUCCACCCCCAGGCUGAUCGAUGGCUCCUCCCCUCAGGAGCCUGAAUUCCCAGGUGUCCUGGGCCCUCACACCAAUGAAGACUUCCCCACUUGCCUUCUGUGCACUUGUAUAAGUACCACUGUAUAUUGUGAUGACCAUGAACUUGAUGCUAUUCCUCCACUGCCCAAGAGCACUGCAUAUUUCUAUGCCCGCUUCAACAGAAUCAAGAAGAUCAACAAAAAUGACUUUGCAAGCCUAAAUGAUUUAAAAAGGAUUGAUCUGACUUCAAAUUUAAUCUCUGAGAUUGAUGAAGAUGCAUUUAGAAAACUGCCUCAACUUCGAGAGCUUAUCCUGCGUGACAACAGAAUAAGGCAGCUCCCAGAAUUGCCUACCACUCUGACAUUUAUUGAUAUUAGCAGCAAUCGACUUGGAAGAAAGGGGAUAAAGCAAGAAGCAUUUAAAGAUAUGUAUGAUCUCCAUCAUCUCUACCUUACUGAUAACAACUUGGACCAUAUCCCUCUGCCACUCCCAGAAAACCUAAGGUCCCUUCACCUGCAGAACAACAACAUUCUGGAAAUGCAUGAAGAUACUUUCUGCAAUAUUAAGAAUUUGACUUAUAUUCGUAAGGCUCUAGAGGACAUAAGACUGGAUGGAAAUCCCAUUAAUCUCAGCAAAACUCCUCAAGCGUAUAUGUGUCUACCUCGUUUGCCAAUUGGGAGUCUUGUCUAA